AUGCCCUGCCGCCGGCCGCCCGAGGUGUUGGAUGUGACAUCGAUGUCUGAGGAGGAGAAGUUGGCGGAUUUGAUCAAGGGUCUAUUAUCUGCCCAGACGGUUAAUUACUCCAGACCACCGUGGGCCUCCCCGAUCGUGGUGAUCAUCAAUAAGAAUGGAGUUGAUAUGUGGUUGUGCAUCGAUUACCGGUUGGUUAACAUUCUAACCGAGCUGAUGAUCUACUCAAUGCCCUUGAUCAACGACUUACUUGAAAAUCUGGAAUCGACGCUCUGGUACUGUUCUUUGGAUAUGGCGAGUGGAUUCUGGGUAGUGAAAAUGACGGAUCGUGCUCCUUUGAUCUCGGCUUGUAUCACUCCCUUUGGAUUAUUUGAAAUGAAAUCGAAUGCCCUUCAGCUUGACAAAGGCGCCCCAGAUCUAUCAACGUAUGAUCGACAACGCGCUAUAUGGAAUAUCACGGAAAACGGGGAACAGGUGGAUCCAAGCAAUCCAUCAGUGCUUGGGCCUAAAUCAUACAUCGAUGGCAUCCUGAGCCCAGCAAAACCGGGAUCAACUAUGUGA